UUUUAGUACAAGAAAAUGACAAGUAUGAUCGUGAAGACAACGCCGGAGCUCUUCAAAGGUAAUGGAGUGUACCGUACGGAUCAUCUUGGCGAUAACCGUUCGGUUAAUCGAUCUAACCGGCUAGGCGAUGGCGGACCAAGCUGUUUCCCUAAAACCGGUACUAUCCACUGCCAACGGUUAACCAUAACAAAGACCGGUUUACAUCGUGGGACAAAGGCUCGAGCCAUCCUUAGCCCUGUGACGGACCCUGCCGCUUCCAUAACUCAUAAGCGAGUGUUCACUUUCGGCAAAGGAAGAAGCGAGGGCAACAAGGGCAUGAAGUCCUUGUUGGGAGGGAAAGGAGCAAAUCUUGCGGAGAUGGCGAGCAUAGGCUUGUCGGUGCCGCCGGGGCUAACCAUUUCUACAGAGGCUUGUCAGCAGUAUCAGAUCGCCGGCAAGAAGCUUCCACAAGGUUUAUGGGAUGAGAUUCUUGAAGGUCUUAGCUUCAUUGAACGUGACAUUGGAGCUUCUCUCGCCGAUCCUAACAAGCCUCUCCUUCUCUCUGUUCGCUCCGGCGCCGCCAUCUCAAUGCCUGGUAUGAUGGAUACUGUACUAAACCUUGGAUUAAACGACCAAGUCGUUGUAGGCUUGGCCGCAAAAAGCGGAGAGCGUUUCGCUUACGAUUCUUUCAGGCGUUUUCUUGAUAUGUUUGGUGAUGUUGUGAUGGGGAUUCCACAUGCCAAGUUUGAAGAGAAGCUAGAGAGAAUGAAAGAGAGUAAAGGAGUUAAAAACGACACUGAAUUAAGCGCGGCUGACCUCAAAGAAUUGGUUGAGCAGUACAAGAGUGUUUACGUACAGGUCAAGGGUCAAGAGUUUCCUUCAGAUCCUAAAAAGCAAUUGGAGCUAGCGAUUGAAGCGGUUUUCGAUUCUUGGGAUAGUCCGAGAGCGAAUAAGUACAGAAGCAUUAACCAGAUUACCGGAUUGAAAGGGACCGCGGUUAACAUUCAGUGUAUGGUGUUUGGAAACAUGGGAGACACUUCAGGGACUGGUGUUCUCUUUACUAGGAACCCUAGCACCGGAGAAAAUAAGCUCUACGGCGAGUUUCUAGUCAAUGCUCAGGGAGAGGAUGUGGUUGCAGGGAUAAGAACACCUGAAGAUUUAGACACAAUGAAGAGAGUAAUGCCUCAAGCUUACGCUGAACUUGUAGAGAACUGCAACAUCUUAGAGAGGCAUUACAAAGACAUGAUGGAUAUCGAAUUCACGGUACAAGAGGAGAGAUUGUGGAUGCUGCAAUGUAGAGCCGGUAAGCGAACUGGUAAAGGAGCGGUGAAGAUAGCAGUUGAUAUGGUAAGCGAAGGGCUUGUAGAUAAAUCUUCUGCAAUCAAAAUGGUGGAGCCUCAACAUCUUGAUCAACUACUUCACCCUCAGUUUCAUGAUCCGGCGGGGUACCGUGAGAAAGUGGUGGCGAAAGGCUUACCGGCGUCACCAGGAGCUGCGGUUGGACAGGUUGUGUUCACGGCGGAGGAAGCCGAAGCUUGGCAUUCUCAGGGCAAAACAGUGAUUCUGGUUCGAACAGAGACAAGCCCUGACGAUGUGGGAGGGAUGCAUGCAGCAGAAGGUAUAUUGACGGCGAGAGGUGGAAUGACGUCACACGCGGCGGUUGUGGCUCGUGGUUGGGGCAAAUGCUGCAUUGCUGGUUGCUCCGAGCUUCGUGUCGACGAGAACAAUAAGGUUCUAUUGAUUGGAGAUUUGACGAUAAACGAAGGUGAAUGGAUUUCGAUGAAUGGAUCAACCGGUGAGGUUAUAUUGGGGAAACAAGCACUGGCUCCUCCGGCGUUGAGUCCAGAUCUAGAGACCUUCAUGUCUUGGGCUGAUUCAAUCAGACGUCUCAAGGUUAUGGCGAAUGCGGAUACCCCUGAAGACGCGACUGCAGCUAGGAAAAACGGAGCUCAAGGGAUCGGGCUUUGCAGGACCGAGCAUAUGGUAACUCCUCUGUUCUUGAUCUCAUGUUUUUGUUCUGUUUUUGUAGUCCAAAUGUUUCAUGUUUUCUUUGGUUUGGUUGUUAAGUUCUUUGGUGCAGAUAGGAUUAAAGCAGUGAGAAAGAUGAUAAUGGCGGUAACAACAGAGCAAAGGAAAGCUUCUCUAGACGUAUUGCUUCCUUACCAACGUUCAGAUUUCGAAGGGAUCUUCCGCGCAAUGGAUGGUUUACCAGUAACAAUCCGUUUGUUAGACCCUCCGCUUCACGAGUUUCUCCCGGAAGGCGAUUUGGACAACAUUGUACAUGAGCUAGCUGAAGAAACAGGCGUGAAAGAAGACGAAGUCUUGUCGCGAAUAGAGAAACUCUCUGAAGUGAAUCCAAUGCUCGGUUUCCGCGGUUGCAGGCUUGGAAUAUCAUACCCGGAGCUAACAGAAAUGCAAGCGCGUGCGAUUUUUGAAGCAGCAGCGUCAAUGCACGCACAAGGCGUUACUGUUAUUCCUGAGAUUAUGGUUCCACUCGUAGGAACUCCUCAGGAAUUGGGUCAUCAAGUUGAUGUAAUCCGUAAAGUUGCAAAGAAAGUAUUUACUGAGAAGGGUCAUACCGUGAGCUACAAGGUCGGGACUAUGAUCGAGAUCCCUCGAGCCGCACUCAUUGCUGAUGAGAUCGCGGAAGAAGCUGAGUUUUUCUCGUUUGGAACAAACGACUUGACACAGAUGACGUUUGGAUACAGUAGAGAUGAUGUUGGCAAGUUUCUACCGAUUUACCUCGCCAAAGGGAUUCUACAGAACGAUCCUUUCGAGGUUCUUGAUCAGAAGGGUGUAGGGCAAUUGAUCAAGAUGGCAACAGAAAAAGGACGAGCGGCUAGACCUAACCUCAAGGUUGGGGUGUGUGGAGAACAUGGAGGAGAUCCAUCAUCUGUAGGAUUCUUUGCUGCAGUAGGACUUGACUAUGUCUCUUGUUCACCUUUCAGGGUUCCAAUUGCAAGGCUUGCAGCUGCUCAAGUUGUUGCAUGAUGAAAACUUGGUGGCAUUGUUCUGUGAAUAAUACAUAAAAGCUUUGGCUUCUGAUUCAUUGUUCCAUAAAAAUGAACAAAUCAAAGAAAUUGGAGUUAACUCCUUUUUUCCUUAGUGAAAGUAGAAUAUAAAACUUUCAUAUGAUUAUUGAAUUGCUAAUAAAAGAAUGAGCAUUGUUGUGCAUUGUUGGGA